GACCGUUUCAAGGCACCCGCGGAGUCCCAACCGUAGAAAAACAAAGCCUCGGAUAACAACUAAACUAACGUUUUACACCAAACUUCGCACGGGAAUCCGUUUUUUUGUAUCGAAACCGACUCUAGCGAUCGAUUCUCGGCGUUUUUCGUCGCUCUUUGAGGCCUUUCGGGCGAUGUUGUUUAUCUGUAGUAAGGGGCGGCUUGAAACCGCCCUCCCUUGCCCCAUUUCCUCGGUUGUUUUCCUUCUCUCGCCUGGAUUCUCCAUGUUGUUGGUGCAAAAGUGAGGACUUCGCAGCGACGGGUGAGGGGGGCUGCUCGGCGAUAUUACCAGUAACUGCUAAUCGUAGCGGUAAACCAGAGACGACGGAGCUCAACGGGUCUCGAAUAGCCUCCAAAAAAACAUCCAAGUGCCUUGCCCCCUCCCCAGGCGGACCUCGGAGAGAAGAACAAGAAAGCGGCGGGGAAUAAAGAAACCCAGGAACAAGAUAAACCCCACUCUCACCGAGGACUGGUUUACUGAGGCGGAUGACAAGUUAGCUCGGUGAAUAAUUGAGUCGACUUGUCCAUAAAACCCAAUGAGGGAUGCCCAUCAGUGCUCGGGGACAGGAUUUGAGGAUUUUGAGGGCUCCGUGAUUGUCAGAUGGAAAGUUCUGUUAUCACCCAAGUGCAGAAAGAAGACGUUCAAGUGUCACCGAAAACAGGCCAGGUGUGCCGGUCUGCCCUGAAACAGCCUCGGAGUUGUAACAUCUUCAAAGCACUCUUCUGUUGCCUCCAAGCUCAGGAUGGCCCCAAACCACCUCCACCACUACCACCGACUUCCCAGCAGGCCUUGCUGGAGUCACAGGAAAAUGGGGCGGUUGUCAAGGCGUCUGAACCCACCCUCCUCCCUGAGGUGAACGCCCAGGACCAGGGGAAGAUAUGCGUGGUCAUAGACCUGGAUGAGACCCUGGUGCACAGCUCAUUCAAGCCUAUUAGUAAUGCAGACUUCAUCGUGCCUGUGGAGAUAGAGGGGACCACACACCAGGUGUAUGUGCUGAAGAGGCCGUACGUGGAUGAGUUCCUGCAGAGAAUGGGAGAACUGUUUGAAUGUGUGCUGUUUACAGCCAGUCUCGCAAAGUAUGCAGACCCGGUGACGGACCUGCUGGAUCAGUGUGGUGUAUUCCGGACUCGGUUAUUCCGGGAAUCUUGCGUAUUCCACCAGGGCUGCUAUGUUAAAGAUUUGAGUCGUCUGGGCAGAGACCUCCACAAAACCCUCAUCCUGGAUAAUUCUCCUGCCUCCUACAUCUUUCACCCUAAUAAUGCUGUUCCUGUGCUGUCAUGGUUUGACGACGUAGAUGACGCUGAGCUGCUCAACCUUCUGCCUGUGUUUGAAGAACUCAGUCAAGCUGACGACGUUUACACCCGGCUGGACGAGCUUCGCGGACAUUAAGCUCUCAAGGGAUCCGCUCAGCUCCUUUUUUUUCCCCCAGAGUUCCUCUUCAACUACAAUAGAACCGUAUAUAUAUCAAGAAUAGAGUUUUCGGAUGUUCUCCUCGCCUUUGCACAAAAUCAUCUGUUUAGAAAAUUGCAUUAGCGUGGGGUUAAGGAAAUUCCAAGCCUGGAAAAAACACACAAUGGCCCAGCUGAAACUAUAUAGAUCGCUAUUUGAGGCCUUUCCUCUGAACCUCAGUGCUGAUAAUAUUGACAACCACUAUUUGAAGGCACUAAGAGAAAGAGUGGGGAAACAACAACCAAAGCAGUCACACAUCACAAUCACUCCAGUUAGUCUGAAUAUUAAAGUGGUUCUUUUGCCAAAGCAGAAGCCUGCCUGCCCUGACUUGACUUUUGGACGUUGUUUUUAUUAUUGUGCCUUUUAUGGAACAACAACAACAACAAAAAAAAAUAACAUCAGCUCUUUUUUUAAAAAAUUUCCACCAGAUUUUAUACAUUUAUUGAUUUCUUUUUAUAGGUUGUUUUAUAAGGAAAUCUAUUUUAUAAAUGGUGAACAUGGUUCUUCUAUGCAACCCAGUUCUGUAAUAACAUGGACAGUACCUCUCAAGUAGCAAGUCAAUAAUUGCAUUCAGCAAAUGUAAACAUUAGCCUUAUUUUACCUGUAAAUGAGCAGCAAAACAAAACUGUAUUUUACUUAUUUGUAUUGUAUAAACAUAAUUUCUACAAAACAUGCAGAUAUACAUCAUUAGUAAUCAGAUUGAUAUUUGAUAUAUUGGUUUUAAGUUAAGUAAACAGGGCGAAGUCUUUACUUUGAUGGUCCGUUGAAAGCAGACACACUGGAAUAUGUUGGCACAUAGGAUGACCAUAAAAGCCACAGUUUUCAGUCUAGGUUUAAUAAUAGCUUGUUUGUUACUAUGUUUUUUUCUUUUAUUACUAUAUGACAAACAACUUGCACUUGUUUUAUAUUGACAGUGCUGAAAGUAAAAAAACAAAAAAACAACAAAAAAAAAACAAAAACUGUGCCUUUUUGAAAUUUCGGACAGAGAAUGGUGUUCUGCCUGAACAGAGAUUUGUAGGCCUACACACUCUGAGUGUCAUGCUGGGCGUGAGAAAACACUGUCAAGAGCAAGUGUAAUGCCAUGUGGCUGUGGUACUUGCAGUGCAACACUUGAAAAUAUCAGAUCUGAUUUUUUUAACAAUGUGUGCGUGUUUUUUCUAUAUUUAUUGGCCAAAACCUGUAUUGUCCAGUACUUUCGUAAUAUGCUUCACAUUUUUUGUAUUGUAAUCCAUUUGCCUACUUUGAGGCUGGCCUUGUGUUUUAACUGUUUUAUCUGUGCCUACAUAACAUAACACGUUUUGCUGUCAAAGUUCAUGGAUAAUUCAGAAACUUAGCAGUUCAAUCAAAUCAACAACUACAUGUAAAUCUAAGAUUCAGUCAUGCAAGAAAAGUUUUCUUCUUUUUUUUUCAUUUUAAAUUCAUUACAACAAAUAUUUUGUUGUUUUGGGGUAUGUUUCCUGGGUGAUAUGGUUUUUUUUCUUAUGAUGUUUAAUGUCUGAUGCAAUUAUUGCCUGCAUGUUAACAAGUAAAAUAUGACAAUGAAAAUGUACCAGUUGUGAUGACCAAAAGUAUUUGUUUAGACAGUCACAAUUUGUCUUUGUGUAUCAGAAUAAAUCAAAAGCUCAUUUUGUCUACCUGAUCUGACCAAAACUCUAAAAGACAAUGUGCUACCGAUUUUUAUUUUAAAAUAAAAAUUGGUUAUAUUUUA